UGAACGAGGAAAGUAAGCAGAGAGGGAGAGAGGGAGAGAGGGAGAGAGAGGGAGAGAGAGAGAGAGAGAGAGAUGGAUUCAGCUUAAUGUGCAGCGAGAGAGCUCUCAGAUCUUCAGAAGGAGAGAACUCGAUACCAGCCAGAGCUUCCUCCAUGCCUUCAGGGGACUACUAUGAGGUUGGAGUAUGGUGAUGGAACAACCACUAUAGACCCCAACAAUUUACAUAUCAUAAGCCAAGCCUUUCCAUGUACAUAUGGGCAGCCUUUGGCUCAUUUCAUGAGGACUACAAUGAAGGUCUCCGAUGCCCAAAUUAUCGCCGAACACCCAAUUUUAAGGGUUGGUGUUGUAUUUUGUGGGAGGCCAUCUCCAGGUGGACAUAAUGUCGUCUGGGGCCUGCAUGAUGCAAUAAAAUCUCAUAAUCCUGAAAGUGUUGUGCUUGGCUUUAUAGGUGGUACUGAAGGCUUAUUUGCUCAGAAAACUAUAGAAAUCACAGAUGAUAUUAUUUCUUCUUACAAAAACCAAGGCGGUUUUGAUUUGCUAGGCCGAACGAAGGAUCGAAUAAGAACAAAUGAGCAAAUCAAUGCUGUUAAAGUUGCAUGUGAAGCAUUGAAAUUGAACGGUCUUGUGAUUAUUGGGGGUGUAACAUCCAAUACAGAUGCUGCUCACCUAGCUGAGACUUUUGCAAAGACAAAAUGUCAGACCAAGGUGGUUGGUGUACCUGUUACUUUGAAUGGAGAUCUAAAGAAUCAAUUUGUGGAGACUGAUGUUGGAUUUGACACUGUAUGCCGGGUUAGUUCACAACUUACAAGCAACAUUUGCUUAGAUGCUCUUUCUGCAGGGAAGUAUUAUCACUUCAUUCGCGUGAUGGGACACAACGCAUCUCAUGUUGCUUUGGAAUGUGCUCUCCAGUCGCAUCCAAAUAUGGUAAUCCUAGGUGAAGAGGUGGAUAACUCUAAAAAUUCUCUCUUUGAUAUUAUAAAACAAAUAAGUGAUGCAGUUCAAGCAAGAUCAGAGCAAGGAAAGUACCAUGGUGUCAUCCUCAUCCCCGAGGGGCUAGUCGAAAUUAUUCCAGAAUUGUCUGCACUGUUGCAGGAAAUUCAUGACCUUCAAAGCCAAGGAGUUGAUACAGAGAGCAUUUCUUCUCAUCUCUCUCCUUCAGCAUCUGCAUUAUUUGAAUUUCUGCCACCAUUUAUCAGAAAACAGUUUUUACUUCCUCCUGAAUCUGAUAUUUCAGCACAGCUUUCUCAGAUAGAGACAGAAAAACUCAUAGUUCAGCUGGUGGAAGCAGAAUUGAACAAGAGAAUGUUUAAAUCUCAGAAAGAAGGCAUUUACAAAGGGAAAAAAUUCAGUCCCAUCUGUCACUUCUUUGGCUACCAAACUAGAGGAUCUUUGCCAUCAAAAUUUGAUUGUGAUUAUGCCUAUGUUCUUGGGCACAUCUGCUACCACAUUGUAGCAGCUGGUUUGAAUGGUUAUAUGGCGACUGCAACAAAUCUGAAACAUUCUGUGGAAAAAUGGAGAUGUGGUGCUGUUCCAAUCAUAGCAAUGAUGACAAUGAAGCAAUGCUCAAAUGGCACUUCGCUUUAUCCCGCUGUAGUUGACCUGGAAGGAAAAUUAUAUGAGAAGCUGAAGCAAAAUGCCUCCAGUUUUCUCAUGGAUGACUUGUACAGAGAUCCAGGGCCCCUUCAGUUUGAUGGACCGGGAACUGAUGUGAAAUCUCUCACUUUGUGUCUUGAAGAUUAGGAUUACAUCUCCAUAACUAUAUGGACAAAGGUUUGGAGCAUUCUGAAACCUGAAGAUCCUUAAAACAGCUCAAAGUUCCAUGGCUUCUGUUACUGAGGUCCUGGCUGCAAUGUCUUCAUCAGAAUCUAACGGUCGGAUCCCUUUAUGAAUCUUUGCAACCAAGUUAUUAUGGAGGCCGAAGCUUUAAUCUUAAUUUGGUAACUUUUGAAUAAAUGUCAAUAUAGAAAAAUGUAUAUCAUUAAUAGAUUUGUUUUGAAAUGAGAGAAUAA